AUGGCAUGGAACAAAUCAACAGACAUGAGCAGUAGUAAACUAAUUUUCCUCAAAGGAUCCGAAUACGAAGAGUGCGGAUUAGAGACGUUGUUGUAUUCGAAUGCGCACGUUCUAGGCAGGGGUACUUUCGGAACUACUUUCAAGGCUCAGCUUCCCGGCAAAGCUUUCGUUGCCGUCAAAAGAUUGAAAGGUGUUUGUUUGCCCGAGAUUGAUUUCGCUGCAAAGGUUAAAGAAUUGGCGAAAAUGGCGGCCGGUCACGACAACUUGCUUCCUCUUAAAGCGUAUUGCUGUCAUAUGAAUGAGAGACUUCUUCUACAUGACUACAAGCACCUCUCAAGCUUAGCUUCUGCUUUACAUGGUAGUGCAAUAAAGAUUCCUCUCAGUUGGGAAGAAAGGAGCAGCAUUGCUUACGGUAUCGCUCGUGGGAUUAGCUACCUUCACUCCCAACCCUCCAAUAUUUGUCACGGAAAUAUUAGGUCGUCAAACAUAUUCAUCUCCCACUAUAAUGACCGUCAUAGCGUACAAAUUUCCGAAUAUUGCAUGGCACAACUCGCCACACUAGACUCGAAAACGGCAAUUGCACAAGGAUACAGUGCGCCUGAGGUAACAAACUUAAAUACUGUUUCUCAUAAAUCUGAUGUUUACGCCUUUGGAGUGGUCCUGUUGGAACUGCUAACCGGUAAAGCGCCGUUAGUGAAUGACAAGGGGACUGAUUUGCCGAAAUGGGUGCGCUCGAUUUUCCAAGAAAAGCCCAUAAUUGAAGUGUUUGAUAGUGCACUGCAUGAGUACAAAGAGAGUUGGGUUGGAGAGCAAAUGGUUCGGUUGUUGCAAAUUGCAGUUUGUUGUACGUUUGAGUAUCAAUGUAAUAGGCCUUCCAUGGAUGGUGUAACAAACCGGAUAAGGGAAACUUGUAAUUUCAAACCAUGA